GCGUUCAAAUAAAAUGGCGGGCGUGAGCAGAUAUAGUUCGUACAACUGCCUGACUGGAUGGGACAGCUAUGAUAAAAUACCUAGAGUGCGAGUCGAGUAUUAUGUCAACGAGAAUACAUUCAAGGAGCGCUUGCAACUCUACUUCAUAAAGAAUCAACGAUCGAGCCUUCGCAUAAGAAUUGCGAAUUUGGUGUUCAAAUUGCUCGCAUGCGUACUGUACAUCAUACGCGUUUGUGCUGAUGGCGACCCGAUCACCGCCUCCUGUUAUGGCUGCAAGCCAGGCAAUAAAACUGAAUUCGAGUACUCAGCCAACCUGACCGAGGAGGAGUUCCAAGAGCACCCCAUCAUCAACUGGGACGGUAUCAUCUGGGUGAACCGCUCCCUGUGCCUCUGGAUCGUCCAAGUCAUCCUGGCCAUGAUAUCCUUCUCUGAGGCUAUUCUCCUCGUCUACUUGGGAUACAAAGGCAACAUCUGGCAACAAAUCUUGUCUUUCCACUUUAUAUUGGAAAUGGUGAAUACUAUCCCCUUCGCGCUCACCCUUCUGUUCCCACCGCUCCGCAAUCUUUUCAUUCCGGUUUUCCUGAACUGCUGGCUAGCCAAGAGAUCCCUGGAGAAUAUGUUUAAUGAUCUACACCGCGCGAUGCAGAAAUCUCAAUCGGCGCUUUCCCAACAGUUGAUGAUAUUGUGUGUGACGCUGCUUUGCCUCGUCUUCACUAGCGUUUGCGGCAUCCAACAUUUCCAAAGAGCUGGUCAUCGUCAUCUCAACUUAUUCCAAGCGACAUACUUCGUCGUGGUGACCUUUUCUACGGUUGGUUACGGAGAUUUUGUGCCCGACAUUUGGCCAUCCCAGCUAUACAUGGUCAUUAUGAUUGGUGUGGCACUUGUCGUCUUACCAACCCAGUUUGAGCAAUUGGCAUUCACUUGGAUGGAGCGACAGAAACUUGGUGGUUCGUAUUCUUCGCACCGCGCUCAGUCUGAGAAGCACGUUGUCGUCUGCUCAACCACCCUGCAUGCGGAUACAAUAAUGGACUUCCUCAACGAGUUCUACGCGCAUCCCCUGCUCCAAGACUACUAUGUAGUGCUUCUCUCGCCAAUGGAACUCGACACUACUAUGCGCAUGAUUCUACAAGUGCCGAUCUGGGCUCAGCGUGUGAUCUACAUCCAGGGUUCGUGUCUGAAGGAUACCGACCUGAUUCGCGCCCGCAUGAAUGAGGCUGAGGCGUGCUUUGUGCUCGCGGCCCGCAACUACGCCGACAAGACCGCGGCAGAUGAACAUACCAUACUGAGAUCUUGGGCGGUGAAGGACUUCGCGCCGGACGUGCCCCAAUAUGUCCAGAUCUUCCGUCCGGAGAACAAGCUGCACGUGAAAUUCGCGGAGUUCGUGGUUUGCGAGGAUGAGUUUAAGUACGCGCUGCUCGCCAACAACUGCACCUGUCCCGGUGCCUCCACGCUCGUGACGCUGCUGCUGCACACCAGCCGCGGACAGGAAGGACAACAAUCCCAAGAGGAAUGGCACAGACUGUACGGGAAGUGCUCUGGCAACGAAAUUUACCAUAUCGUGCUCGGAGACAGUCGCUUUUUCGGCGAAUACGAGGGCAAGAGCUUCACUUACGCCAGCUUUCAUUCCCAUAGGAAGUAUGGAGUAGCUUUGGUUGGAGUGCGUCCGGCGGAGUUGCCGGAGUUCUACGAAGACACCAUUCUGCUGAACCCAGGGCCGCGGCACAUCAUGAAGAGUAGCGACACUUGCUAUUACAUGAGCAUCACCAAAGAGGAGAACUCCGCUUUCGUGGUAUCUGAGAAGCGCGAGAGCAAGGCUAUAAUGACCAAGGACAAGAGUGCGCUGUGCAACGAGAGGAAAGCGGGCGGCGCCGGCGGGACCAGCGGCGGUGGCAGCGGCGCCGGUGGGCGGACGGGACGAGACGGUAGUAGCGCUGCGCCGUACGAGCUGCCCCAAGUUGUGCUCGAGGGCCCCGCAAGCUCCACGCCACUACCAUCGCCAUCCCGCAUCAACCCAGCUCACACUGUUUCAUCCGCUAAUUUAGCCGCUAGCUACAAGUAUGGCGAGGGCUCGUCGACGGGAGAGUCCCGCAACCACCUGAAGGAGUCUCCGGCGACUGACAGCGCGAGCGACACGGAGGUGAGAGAGAGAGAGAAAGAAAGAGAUCGCGAGGCGUACGCGCUGGGCUGA